AUGGAUAAUGCAAAACGUCCUGCAUUUCGCGAAGGUCGUGCGGCGCCGUUAAUCCAGAUCCUCGCAUGGCUCUUUCUUGCCUUCUCGACACUGUCCAUUAUCGCCCAUUUUGCAACGAAGAAGUUCCUGUCCAGACCUUUCAUAAAAGCCGAUUUCAUAUUAUUAGCAGCGCUACUUUUGGCUAUAGGCCAGACAGUCACUUUUCUUUGCCGUGCUGGUCAAGCCAUCGGUAAUUCUCAAGCUGAUUUAUCGGGAGAGACAAUAAUGCAAGCUUGGAAAGCUUUUUACAUUGGAGAGCUUCUCUCUAUACUCACCAUUGUUGCGGCAAAGGGUGUUUUACUCAUUCCUUUCACGACAAUAACACCUGUAGUCAAGCAUCGAAUCAACAUGUAUACCACAUGUGUAGUCACUGUAUUGUGGGGAUUAAGCGCCGUACUUCUCAUCGCGUUUCAGUGUCCAUCUCCGCAGAGAUGGGAUAUCACAAACUCAGAAUGUAUAGAUAUUAGAGCGGUCCGAACAUACAACGCCACCAUGAACAUCAUGACUGAUCUCGCGCUCGCCACUGUCCCGACAUUAAUGGUUAUUCCACUUCAGAUCAAUUCCAGGACACGGCUUAUCCUUCUAGCAGGAUUCUGGUCUCGUUUAAUCGUUGUGAUAGCGUCAGUGGUGCAAAUCGUGUUCAUUCGCACUCUUUUUACUUAUAACGAUCUUCUCUAUUGCAUCUGGCCUGUUGUUGUCUGUGGACAGAUAGUUCAAGUUACAAGUAUCAUGACGUCCACGAUUCCAUUCCUGAAGCCGUUCCUCCUUAGUCUGGAGUCGAGCUUAGCUCUGACGGGCAAGGCAGUUCAUGUAUUGAGUUACAUUAGCAUUGAUACUCAGCAGAGCUACACGGCGAGAGCAGAUAAGCAAAAUAGCAUCUGGGUAAGGACGGAUUUUCAGGUGCAGGGAGAGCCUAGUUUAGAAUUACCGAAAUUAGGAAGAGAUUAA